AUGGACUACUUGAAUACUGAGGCAUUAUUUCUUGCACUGGCAGUUGGUACGAAUUCCUGCCCCCUAAUAUUGAACAUUAUUGAACUAAAUCCACCCUUAAGUCUUGGUGUGGUCUUGGAUCUUUUAAAUCUAGGUCCUUUAUUGCUACUGUCGUUGUAUUUCAUAUCAGGGGGAAGGGAUGUAAAUUGGGGUCAUGUCCUCAAUUCAUAUCUCUGUCGUUUCAGCCAACCCCAUCUCUUUUUCAGCCCGAGGUUUGGCUCGAGGCGCGUCAAAAAAAUGGGCUGCGGUGCCACUCGCGUUUCACCUGAGCAUCACUGGCGUCCGCCGGCCCCGAAGGUGCUAGCCGUCCCGGCCAAGCAAGGCUCUCAGCGCGUGAUUUCGCGGCAUGGUGUCGUCCGACAAGAAAUGGUGCGAGGCUCUCAACCCUGUGUGGCUCCAGUCUGCGACUUCACUUCGCUAGGUGAGUGUCAAAACGCAGAGGCACCACGCAGCUCCUCCACUCGCACCUCGAACGGCUUCAGCCACUCGAUCUCCAAUCGCUCGUCUUCGCAAGUGCAGCCGUUGCGCUCGGGAUCAUUGAGGGAGCACCAGGAGAAACUUCUACAAGCCAGGAUUCCCAUGGUGGUGGACGGCAGCGACUUGGUCGAUCUGGAUGCCCAAGAUCUCUUGGACGUGCUCAGUUCGUGGGAGGGCCAGAGACCCCCCGUGCCCCCGGGCAUGCGCGUGGCGUGUGCGCCGGACCGGCGCAAGCACGAGGCGCAGCUUAAAAACCUGAGUCGCUACCGGGAGGAGGUGGAGCAGCACCCGGAAACAGUCGCUGAAGAGGUGGAAAUAAAACGCUUGGAACAUGAGCAAUGGCUCGACUAUCGUGAGAUCAGUGAAGGCUUUAGCGGCGGAAGGCUUGAUGGUUGAUGGUUUGAUGGUUGAUG